AUGUUUGCAUCUUCGGAAUAUCAAGAUGAUCAUGCUCCACUGUGGUCAUUUGUUACAAUAAAGGAAAAGAUAGGAGAUGGGGGUGGUAAUAGGCUGUGGAGUUGUAAUUUUUGUGAAAAAGUUGUCAAAAGUUCAUACUCUAGGGUUAAAACACAUUUGCUCAGAAUUUGUGGUAGUGGAAUUGCUACUUGUCCGAAAGUUACUAAUGCAUAUUUGGUUGAUUUGAGGAGGGUUUGUGAAGAGACUGAAAACAGAUUAAAGUCUAAGAAUUUUCCUUUACCUACUAACAAAAGGACUCCGACACCACCAACAUUACCACCAAAAAGAAGAAAAUCAAGCAGUAUAGAGAGUGCAUUUAAUAUUGAGGAUAGGAAUCAUCUUAGAGCAGAGAUAGCAAGGAUGUUUUAUUCUGCCGGCUUGUCAUUCCAUCUUGCUAGAAAUCCACAUUUUGUUAGUUCUUGUUCAUUUGCUACUAACUGUAAUCUAAGUGGGUUUCUUCCUCCUAGUUAUAACGCAUUGAGAACUAGUCUUUUACAGCAAGAGAGGUCUCAUAUUGAAAGGUUGCUUCAACCUAUCAAAUCUAUGUGGAGUUUAAAAGGAGUUACAUUGGUUGCAGAUGGUUGGACAGAUGCUCAAAGAAGACCUUUGAUAAACUUCAUGGCUAUAUCUGAAGAAGGACCUAUGUUUUUAAAGGCCAUUGAUAGGUCCAAGGAGUACAAGGACAAACAUUACAUGUUUGACUUAUUAAAGGAUGUAAUCAAGGAGGUAGGGCUACAAAAUGUAGUCCAAGUCAUAACUGAUAAUGAUCAUGUUUGUAAGGCAGCUGGGUUAUUGAUAGAAGCUGAAUUUCUUCAUAUUUUUUGGACCCCUUGUGUGGUUCAUACUUUGAAUCUUGGAGUGAAAAACGUUUGUGCUGCAAAGAAUGUUGAUGGUGAUGAAAAUGUCUUCAAUGAAUGUGGGUGGAUUGCUGAAGUAAUUGGCGAUGCUUCUUUUAUCAAGGUUUUCAUCAUGACUCAUUCAAUGAGAUUAGCAAUUUUUAAUGAGUUUUCUUCUCUUAAAUUGCUUUCAAUUGCUGAAACUCGUUUUGCCUCUAUGAUAGUCAUGUUAAAAAGAUUAAAAUUUUUGAAACGUUGUUUGCAAAAUAUGGUCAUUAGUGAUCAAUGGAAUAGUUAUAGAGAAGAUGAUGUCAGAAAAGUUGCACAUGUAAAAGAGUUGAUUUUGAAUGAUAUAUGGUGGGAUAAAGUUGAUUACAUCCUUUCUUUCAUGGAUCCUAUAUAUAGCAUGAUUAGAAUAUGUGACACCGAUGCUUCUAAUCUUCACUUAGUGUAUGAAAUGUGGGAUUCUAUGAUAGAAAAGGUGAAGACAACCAUCUAUAGGCAUGAUGAAGUGCUAGAAAAUGAAGUUUCUAGUUUCUUUGAAGUUAUUCAUGAAAUACUUAAUUCUAGGUGGAGUAAGAGUUGUAAUCCACUUCAUUGCUUAGCUCAUUCUCUAAAUCCAAGGUACUAUAGUGAUAAUUGGCUUAAUGAGGUUCCAAAUAGGGUUCCUUCUCAUAGAGAUGAUGAACUUUCUAGCCAAAGGAAUAAAUGUCUUAAGAAAUAUUUUCCACAUGUUAAUGUUAGGACAAAAGUUUAUGAAGAAUUCUCUAAAUUCUCAUCUUGUGCGGGUGACUUUGGUUCAUUUGAUUCAAUUGAGGAUAGAUGGGCAUUAGAUCCAAAAACUUGGUGGGUGAUGCAUGGAUCCUCUACAGCUAUACUCCAAAAGCUUGCUUUAAAGCUUCUAGUGCAGCCAUGUUCUUCCUCAUGCUGUGAGAGAAAUUGGAGUACAUACUCCUUUAUUCAUUCUUUGAAGAGAAACAAAAUGGAUCCAAAGAGGGCUGAAGAUUUGGUUUUUGUGCACUCUAAUCUUAGGCUUUUGUCUAGAAAAGAGGAAGGGUAUAAAAAAGGAGAGACAAGAUUGUGGGACAUUAAUGGAGAUGUACAUGAUCCACUUGAUGAUAGUGCUGGAGUUCUUGAAAUGGCAGAUUUUUCUCUUGAUGAGCCAGAUUUAGAAGCUAUGCUUUUCUUAGAUGAUGUCUCACAAUUUGUCAGUGUCACAAUCUCUUUUGUGGCUGAGGAAGACGCCCUUAAUGGAGCCUAUCCUACAGAAGAGAAGAGUGAUUGCUUGGAAGCAGUGACAGGAGAUGUAACCAACAUAGCAUUGGAUCCUUUAUUCAUGUUUGUUUUCCAUUUGGGUGUUAAUGGUGCAGCUAUUGCUCAUGUUAUAAACCUUAGGUUUUCUUGA